AUGGUAAUGCAGUUUCAGGAGUUAGAAAAUCCAGUUCAAAUCAGUCCUUGUCACAGCCACACAUCUUCAGGAUUCGCCAUGGAAGUGAUGAGCAUGAAGUCCGCUAAAGGUGUACUAACAGAACAAGUGGCAGGUCCUCUGGGACAGAAUCUAGAAGUGGAACCGUACUCACAAUACAACAACGUUCAGUUUCCCCAGGUUCAACCACAGAUUUCCCCUUCUUCCUAUUAUUCCAAUGUGGGUUUCUAUCCCCAGCAGCCUGAAGAGUGGUACUCUCCUGGAAUAUAUGAACUCAGGCGAAUGCCUGCUGAGACUCUCUAUCAGGGAGAGACUGAGGUAGUGGAGAUUCCCAUAACAAAGAAGGCCCGACUGGGAGCAUCAGCAGGAAGAAUCAAAGGGGAUGAGCUAUGUGUUGUUUGUGGAGACAGAGCAUCUGGAUAUCACUAUAACGCCCUGACCUGUGAGGGAUGCAAAGGUUUCUUCAGAAGAAGCAUUACCAAAAAUGCCGUGUACAAGUGUAAAAAUGGGGGCAACUGCGUGAUGGACAUGUACAUGCGAAGGAAGUGCCAAGAGUGUCGACUAAGGAAAUGCAAAGAAAUGGGAAUGUUGGCUGAAUGUAUGUAUACAGGCUUGUUAACUGAAAUUCAGUGUAAAUCUAAACGACUGAGAAAAAAUGUGAAGCAGCAUGCAGAUCAGGCCAUCCAUGAAGACAGUGAAGGACGUGACCUGCGACAAGUAACCUCGACAACUAAGUCAUGCAGGGAGAAAACUGAACUCACCCCAGAUCAACAGAAUCUUCUUCAUUAUAUUAUGGAUUCAUAUAGCAAGCAGAGGAUGCCUCAGGAAAUAACAAAUAAAAUUUUAAAAGAAGAAUUCAGCGCAGAAGAAAAUUUUCUCAUUUUAACUGAAAUGGCUACCAGUCAUGUACAGGUUCUUGUAGAAUUCACAAAAAAACUUCCAGGAUUUCAGACAUUGGACCAUGAAGAUCAGAUUGCUUUGCUGAAAGGGUCUGCAGUUGAAGCUAUGUUUCUCCGUUCAGCUGAGAUUUUCAGUAAGAAACUUCCAGCUGGACAUACUGACCUAUUGGAAGAAAGAAUUCGAAAGAGUGGUAUCUCUGAUGAAUAUAUAACGCCUAUGUUUAGCUUUUAUAAAAGUAUUGCUGAAUUGAAAAUGACUCAAGAAGAGUAUGCUCUGCUUACAGCAAUUGUUAUCCUCUCUCCAGACAGACAAUACAUAAAGGACAGAGAGGCAGUAGAGAAGCUUCAGGAACCACUGCUUGAUGUGCUACAAAAGUUAUGUAAAAUUCAUCAGCCUGAGAAUCCUCAACAUUUUGCCUGUCUUCUGGGUCGCCUGACUGAGUUGAGGACAUUCAACCAUCACCACGCAGACAUGCUUAUGUCAUGGAGAGUGAAUGACCACAAGUUUACCCCACUUCUCUGUGAAAUCUGGGAUGUGCAGUGA